UACACCCGUAUGUCUGUGAUCCAGCUAUGCAACAAGACGGAUUCAUGAGCCGCUUGCGUCGAUUUGACGCUUACCCAAAGACAUUAGAAGACUUCAGAGUGAAAACGUUUGGUGGGGCGGCUGUGACUCUUGUUAGUGGAGCUAUAAUGUUACUACUGUUCUUGUCAGAACUCGGAUAUUACUUACAGACGGAUGUCACUCCUGAGCUAUUCGUAGACACAAGCAGAGGACAAAAAAUUAGAAUAAACAUUGAUAUCCAGUUUCCACAUCUACCAUGUGCAUAUGUUAGUAUUGAUGCAAUGGAUGUCUCGGGUGAACAUCAAUUAGAUGUUGAUCAUCACAUUUUGAAGAAAAGAUUUGAUAAAGAUGGAACCAUGCUGGAAGAAAUUCCACCAGAGAGACACACAGAGCUAGGAGAAGACAAAGCUAAGCAGUUUCUUGAUGCAGUCACUGGGAAGAAGACUAAGGAAAAUGAGGGAGAAAAAGCAGAAGAGACAUGUGGAAGUUGCUAUGGAGCUGAGACAACACAGUUGAAAUGCUGCAAUACAUGUGAAGAUGUCCGAGAGGCAUAUCGAAGAAAAGGAUGGGCAUUCAAUAGUGCAAUGGAAAUUGCACAAUGCAUCAAAGAAGGAUGGUCAGACAAGAUCAAGUCUCAGCAAAAUGAAGGCUGUCUUAUUUAUGGCUAUCUUGAAGUAAACAAGGUUGCUGGCAACUUUCACUUUGCACCAGGGAAGAGCUUCCAACAGCACCACGUUCAUGUGCACGAUCUGCAGCCUUUUGGAAUGAAAUCGUUCAAUCUAACUCACACAGUCAGACGGUUGUCAUUUGGCCAAGACUACCCUGGAAUUGAGAAUCCCCUGGACGGUGUCAGCCAAGUUGACACAGCAGGCUCUUCAAUGUUCCAGUACUUUGUGAAGGUUGUUCCAACAGUUUACAAAAAGCUCAGCGGAAAGGUUAUUAAUACUAACCAGUACUCAGCCACUAAACACCAGAAAUCUAUCCAUAUCUCUGGACCUGCAUCAGAACAAGGACUGCCUGGAGUGUUUGUUCUCUACGACCUCUCACCAAUGAUGGUGCAAAUCACAGAGACGAGAAGGUCUUUCAUGCAUUUCCUGACAGGAGUGUGUGCUAUAGUUGGUGGGGUGUUUACAGUGGCUGGUCUUAUUGAUGCAAUGAUCUAUCAUUCGGUGCGUUCUCUUCAACAGAAGAUGGAGCUUGGAAAACUAACAUAAAUGAUGAUGCUGAUUUUCAGUCUUGCAUUCUAUUCUAAAUGAGUCAUUUGCUCAAAGCUACACACAAUUGAAAAACUCAUCCUGUCUAAGUCUUA